AUGGUUCUAAUAUCUGAACUACAAAGUGGUGGAAAUAUUAUACUAAAUAUUAAACUAUUAGAUAGUGAAAAUAAGAUUUUUUCAAUUAAUGUUGACAAAUAUAUAGCUAACAAUUAUCCCUCACUUAUUUAAGAUGAACUUUCUCAAUAUCUUAUUGAAAUUAGUUAAUCUACAUAGAAUUAGUCUUUAUAGUCACAAAACAAUUAAAUUGCUUAAAUUAAAGGUCAGUCAUUAAUAUCAGCUAAAUAGUUUAAUUAUACAACUAACUCUUUCAGCUUUUAGACUUUAUCUCUUUCUUAUAUUCCUCUUUAAUCAACAGAUAGCUUAGCUUUGAAGCUAACUAUUAGCAAUUAAUAUCAAUCUAUGUUGAUACCUUUAAAUUUAUAAUUUAGAAAAUGUAUAAGAGGUGAGAUUCCAAUAAAAUAAUUUAACUCUGUAGUUAUUUGUUAAGAAUGUUUACCUGGAACAUAUUCCUUAUUAAUUCCAGACUAUAAUUCAUCUAAUAUAGAUAUUUAAGAUUAUGAAUGUAAAAAAUGUCCUCAAUUUUCAGUAAGUUGUUCUUAGGAUUAAAUUAUUCUUGAAGCAGGUUAUUGGAGAAUUAAUUAAUAAAGUGAUUAAAUUAUAGCAUGUAAUUAAUAAUAUCCUGAUAUAUGUAAUGAGGCUGAUUAGUUAAGUAAAUUUGGAUGUAUUUAAGGAUAUAUGGGACCAUUAUGCGAGACUUGUGAUUAUCUUGGUAUUGUAUGGAAAAAUAAAAGGUAUACUAAUUCCUUUGAAAGCUAUAAAUGUAAUGAAUGUAGUUAAUAAGAAUACCAAAUUCUAUUUGUGAUUUUAGCAUUCACUCUAUUUCUUUUAUAUUUUCUAUUUAGCAUAAUCAUGUUUAUGAAUAGCUAUAUACAUAAUUCAACUUGCUAUUAUAUGCGUUUAUUUGGAUUUGUUCCAUUUUCUAGGAGUUCAAUAAAUGAUGAAUCUAUUUUUUAUAUUAAAAAAUUAGUAAACUAUUUACAGCUAUCAUCAGUGCUAUUUGCUAACUAAAUCCAUUUUAUUCUACCUUCAGUUUUUAAUAUAUUACCUCAGGUUGCUGGAAUGCCUGUAAGUUAAUUAAUAAUAAGCUUUUCAUGCAUAUAUAGCAUGGAGAUGAUUUAAAUGUAUGGAAUUGAAAGAAUCAGAGCUAUUUCUUAGUCUAUUGUACCUAUUAUAUUCUUACUAUCCUUAGCUUUGGUUUUAUGCAUUUUAAAAAGUUUAAAAUUUUUAAAAGUUAAUAAAUAUCAUAAAUAUAUAAUGAUUAAUUUUCUUUUUUGCUUUUUCUAGCCAGAUAAUAUAAGAUUUUUUACAGAGGCAAUAACUUGUAGAACAAUUGGAUUAUAAAAAUAUCAAACCAUAAAUCUUCUUCUUUCAUGUGAUGAUAAGUCUUACUAAAAAUUUAAAUAUUCUAUUAUUCUGCCUAAUCUUUUGUUUUGGAUACUUUUUCCAGUAGUAAUAUUUUAUUAUAUGUUUAGAUAUCAUAUUAGAAAAAAUAAAAUGGAUUACUGUACAACUAAAUUUAAGUAUGGUUAUUUCUAUUUAGAGUUUAAAAAAAAGUAUUGCUAUUGGGAGUUUAUCUUUAUUUACUAUAAAACAUUAAUAGUGAUAAUAGUAACCAUGUUUAAUUAGCUCAACUUAGUUAUGUAUCUGAUUUGUGUAGUAAUAAUUUUUAUCUACAUUCUAUUAGUUUAGAUGGCAGAUCCCUUUUAAAGUAAAAAUCUACUCAAACUAGAAAUUUUUUCAUAGCUUAAUAUUAUUUUUAACAUAGUUCUAAGCUAAAUUUAUGCCAAUUAUUAAUUCAUUCUCCUUUAAAUUAUCAUAUGCUUCCUACAUUAUGGAUUAAUCUUUUAUCUAAUCUGCUUUGUAAUAAAACUAAAGUUUUAUUCAUUAAAUAGUUGCUUAGGUAGAUUAGUUAAAAAAAUUAUUUUAAUUUUUAUCUCAAAAUUAGCACAAAGAAAUUAAAUACCUAUUUAGUAAAAAUAAAUGAAAAUAUUAAUGCUAUGGAAGAAAAUUAAAAAAAGCCUUGCUCAAAUAAGAGCAUAAAAAAUACAAUAACAGAUGAUUCAAAUUUCAACUAUGGCAAACAAAAGCAACAUACAUUUAAUAAACUAAAAAAAAGAAAGCUCUCAGACAGAAAUACCACUAAACUUUUAAAAUAUAAGUUAGCUAGACAAUUUUAGUGUACAACCAAACACAAAAUUUGAAGAUACACCUCAAAACAUUUAUAAGUCUAAGUUUUAUUUCAAAUAAAGUAAAGAAAGAGAAACUCUUUCGAAUACUAGUUCUUUAAAAGAUAGUGAUAAAGAUUAUAUACUUGAUGAAAAUUCAAAGGUUUCAUAAAUUGGUUAUUAAAAAAAAUUUUAAUUUAGUUUAGUUAAUCCAGACAGAGUUUUAAAUAAUAUGAGUAUUUCUCCUUUUAUUAUCAGCAAAGCUUAGCCUAUCGUAAAUUAAGAAAUUUUUUUUGUCUAAAACUAGAAUCAAAUUGAACAAUCUUAAUGCUCUGAUAUUGCUGAUGAUAUUUUUUAAUUUGAUGAAAAUAGGCCUGUUUAAGUAUUAAAUAAUACAAAGGCCUUUGACAAAAACAAGCUGAAAAUUAAUAAUAUAUCAAACUCUGAUUUUGAUAAAUAAGUUUGA